AUGGGAAACGAAACAGUGUCAUUCCAAGAAUCUAUUUUCGUCGGGAUCACAUAUUUCCUAUUUGCAACGAUUUUGUUACUGAUUUAUAUAGUUUACAACCUGGUUUUGCUCAGAGACUACGAAUUCCGGAAGUUACAAGCAUUUCGACUGAUGAUUUUUCUUGGCUUGCUAGACUGCACACAAUUGCUUGGUCAUAUGUCUAGUGGUUUUUUAACAAUACGCAAAGACAUUAACAACAAUUAUCCCUAUCUUUCUCAAGUGCUUGGAGGAAUACUAAACUCAGCAUGGGUUGGACUGUUUCCUCUGACUUUGAUCAUUGCCAUAAACAGCUUUUCAUGGUCUUAUGGUUCAAAUUAUGCUAGUGCUGUUAUGUCGGAUAUUGAGUAUUUUGUAUCUGUUACCUGCAUUGGGUUCACACUUCUUGUCUAUAUAAUGAUAGCAGUAGCUAUCUAUAAGAGAUUUUUAGAGCUGAACAUUCCAGAGUAUGCUGUUCCAUACACGACAUCGGCUUGUGUGUCAUGCGUUGCGCCAGCGAAGAUUGUAGCUCCAGCUCCAGUAGUCGCACCAGCAGCGGUUGUUGCUCCGGCACCAGUUAUGGCACCAGUAGCCGUUGUUGCUCCAACAACAUUUGUAGCAGCUGCUCCAGUCAUGGCUCCAACAGCUGUUGUAGCACCAGCACCAGUAAUGACAUCGGCUCUACUUUCAUAUCCUGUGAAUCUGGUCACUAUUCUGACACAUCUAUGGUCCACGGCGGUGAUCAUUACUCUAAUGGUUAUGGUUUUCCGUGGCGGUCUCCUUACUUUCGCUAUGGACUAG